GGCCGUUGCCGGCGGCCGUUGCCUAGCGAGGCGCUGUCAACAGCCGUGCGAGCGGCCCACGCGCGGCCCGCCGGCCCCACGGGCGGCUGCCCCGAGGCCCGGACCAGGUUUGGAGCGGGGAGCGACGGGGACGGGGCUGGGGGGAGCCUCCCCACCCCGCCUCCUGCCGCUUAGCCGGCAUUUUGCUUUGCGUUUGUUUUUUAGGAAAUAGUAUAAUUUUGGGAGGCGGGCGUUGCCAGCCUUUUAAAGCAGGCCUUGCUGCUGCAUACAAAGAAGGCACCUGGGUAAAUAAAGACAGAAGCCCACCAAAAUGCGGUUGGGAUCUGUAGCUAGUGCAGAAAAUUGCAAAUGAAGUGAACACAGGAAUUGUAAGAGAUCUUGUAAUGACUUCAUGAAUACUGAGUGGGGAGCACAGAGAUGGAGGCCGGCAUGGAGGAGAUCCCAGUUAAAGUUGCAGUAAGGGUCAGACCUCUGCUUUCCAAGGAAGUACUUCAUAACCACCAAGUGUGCGUGAGAUUAGUCCCAAAUACACAACAAAUUAUCAUUGGGAAAGACCGUGUCUUCACUUUUGAUUUUGUAUUUGGCAAAAACUCAACCCAAGAAGAAGUUUAUACAGUUUGCAUUAAACCUCUUCUAGUGUCUUUGACUGAGGGAUAUAAUGCUACAGUAUUUGCAUACGGACAGACAGGUUCUGGGAAGACUUACACCAUUGGAGGUGGUCACAUUGCAUCAGUUUCAGAGGAUGAAAAGGGCAUAAUCCCACGGGCUAUUCAGGAAUUAUUUCAGCAUAUUUCUGAAAACCAUAACAUUGAUUUCCGUGUGAAAGUAUCUUAUAUAGAGGUUUACAAGGAAGAACUUCGAGAUUUAUUGGAGUUGGAGACCUCUGUGAAAGAUUUACAUAUCCGAGAAGAUGAAAAGGGAAAUACAGUGAUUGUCGGUGCUAAGGAAUUCCAAGUAGAAUGUGCAGAUGAAGUGAUGAGCCUGUUGGAAAGUGGUAAUGCAGCUCGUCACACAGGCACAACACAAAUGAAUGAACACUCUAGUCGAUCGCAUGCCAUUUUUACUAUCAGUAUUUGUCAGAAACAGUCUGCAGAGUCUCAAAAAAACAGUGAUGUUCCACAGGAUUCGUCUUGGAAAUCAGUCCAGAUGAUUGCUUCAAAGUUCCAUUUUGUGGAUUUGGCAGGAUCAGAGAGGGUGACAAAGACCGGAAAUACCGGUGAACGAUUCAAAGAAUCAAUUCAGAUCAAUAGUGGUUUGUUGGCCUUGGGAAAUGUCAUCAGUGCUCUUGGAGACCCAAAAAGGAAAAGCGUACAUAUUCCAUACAGGGAUGCUAAAAUCACUCGCAUUCUGAAAGACUCCCUAGGAGGAAAUGCCAAGACUGUCAUGAUAACAUGUAUAAGUCCAUCUUCAUCAGACUUUGAUGAAUCUUUAAAUUCGCUCAAAUAUGCAAACAGAGCCAAAAACAUUAGAAAUAAACCAGUUGUAAACUACAACCCUGAUCAAGACCGGAUUGAUGAAAUGGAACUUGAAAUCAGAUUGCUCCGAGAAGCUUUGCAGAACCAACAAGUCAGUAAUCAGUGUUCACACGACGUAAAUCAAGAAAGAACCCGAAUCAGUUUGCUAGAAGAACAGCUCACCCGGCUCCAAGUUCAGUGCUUCAGCUACAGAAACUGUUUAGAUGAAGCCUUCCCAUUCCUGGUUGAUUUGAAUGAUGAUGUUAGCUUAAAAAGAAGUCAUCGGGACAGGUUGCAAAGUUGGAUCAACAUGGUACGGGAAGUAAUGAAGGAAGCUCUCACCGUGCAGCAAAUUGACACUGGAACCGGGACCAUGCAAGAGCCCCAUCACAUCACAAUUCUUCAGCUGAAGAGAGAACUAAAGAAAUGCCAGCAGGCUCUAGCUAUGGAUGAAGAAGUAUUCAGCCAGAAGGAUCAUGAAUUGAAGAUAUUGCAGAAUCAGAUAAAGACAUUAAUACAGGAAAAUGAAGAGCAACUGGAAUCUUUAAAGAAGGCUCAAGAAACACAUAGAUUACAGAAUGAAAAAAUGGUGGACCAGCAAAUCCUUAUUGAUCAGCUAAAAGAAAAAUUAGAGAAGUCUGUGGUUGUGAAAACUUUGGACUUCUCAAGUGCUUGUGGAGAUGGGCCUGCUGUUACUGCAUCUGCAAGAAGGCCAUAUAGUGUCCCACUCACAAAGAGUCUGCUACACUCCUUUCAUCCAUCUUCAGGGACAGAGACGCGAAAGGUGUAUACCAGUCCCCCUGCUUUUUCCCUGGCUCGGAUGAUGGCAGGAUUCCGUGCUCGUAGCCAGAUGAUACUGAGCUACUUAGAAGAUCAAGAUGAAGUCCUUCACUGCCACUUCUCUGAUCAGAGUGAUGAAGAGAAAGAAAAUACAGACAGUAAAAAGCAUUCAAUAAACCAAACAUGGACACGAAAACGGGCUUCUCUGUGCUUUCCCUUUGAGCUAAGUGACAUGAAAUGUCAAGUAGACAAGUCCAAUUUAUGUAACAAAUCUGUGCUACAGACUGAUACAGCCACAGGUGAAGAAAUUGACUGCCUCCAGAAAAGUCGUGUUUUUAACAUGCAGAAGCUAAAGAAUUCAGAAUUGAGACUCACUGAGGCCAAGCAAAAAAUGAGAGAACUUGCACUUAACAUCAAAAUGAAAGAAGAACUUAUUAAGGAAUUAGUAAGAACAGUGUCUGGGAUAGGAGAGAAGAUACAACACUGUGCUGGGAAUGCUUGCAUUCCCAUCAUAGCAGUAGAGAAGCAGGAGUCAGAAGUGGAUGAGGGAAAAGGUAAGGAUGCACAGUCUGUAAGCAGGCAAUAUUCUUUGAAGAUAACUAAACUGGAACAAGAGUCUGAGCAGGCCAAAAUGGAACUGGCUGAAACACAAAAGCAGCUUCAGGAGCUGGAGAAUAAGGAGCUGAGAGACAUUCCAGAGAAAGCCAAGUUACAAAAAGAGUUCCGGAAGAAGAUGGAUGCAGCUAAGCUGAAAGUGCAGGCUUUACAGAAGAAGAAGCAAGACACUAAGAAUCUGGCUUCUCUAUCUAACCAAAGUGAAAAACGAGCAAUAGAACUUGAGCAGAACGUGGCUCAGAUGAAGCAUCAGCAGACCCUGCUAGAGAAAAGACUGCGUGAGGAGAGUGAAAAAAAGAAGCAACUAGAAGCAGAGAUUCAGCGCGACCAGCUACAAAUUAAAGAACUUCAGCUUAAGAUGGAACAACAACAGAAGAUUCUUAAACUUAAAGACAGAGAGAUUGCUGCAUUUAAAAAGAAGAAAAAUAAUUCGGUGGGAACUUUACAGAAAUCAGAGAAAUUAGAAGAGCAAAAGAAAUGGCUGGAUGAAGAAAUGGAAAGAAUUCUUCAACAGCACCAACAGUUAGCGGAACUAGAAGAAGAUUUAAAGAAAAGAGAAGCCAUUGUAGCUAAAAAAGAAGCAUUAUUGCAAGAGAAAAACCACCUAGAAAUCAAGAAACUGAGAUCUAGCCAGGCUUUAAACAAAGAUAGUAUGAAAUUGUCUACUCGCUUAAGUAUGCUGGACCAGGAAUUGUGUGAUAAAGGAAUGCAGCUUCAGGAUAGCACUACUGAAGAUAAGACAGACAUUCUGGAAAAAAUUCAGGUUCUUCAGAAGGAAAGGGAUCAGCUACUCAGAAGAAGAAAUAGUGUGGAUGAGAAACUGAAAGAGGGUAAAGUGUUGUCAGCUGAAGAAGAACAUGUCCUUUUCCAGCUGGAAGAAGGAAUUGAAGCCCUGGAGGCUGCUAUUGAUUACAAGAAUGAAAGUAUUCAGAGUCGCCAGUACUUGCUUAGAUCCUCUUCACAGAUCCUUUCACAGAGUGAGGAUAAUGUAAUAGGAAAACUAGUUUCCUUGUCUGCUGAUGAGCUCAGAGCUAUCCUCUUCAAAUACUUUAACAAGAUUGUUGGCCUGCGAGAGUCUGAACGUAAAUUACAACUGCAGACUGAAGAACAGGAAAUGAAGGUCAUAGACCAGGAAAACAUAAUACGUGAAUUGGAAUCUGCACUUGAGCACAUCAAGUUGCAGUGUGACAGGCAGCUGACGCUACAACACAGAGAACAUGAGAAAAAACUGCAGUUGAUACUGCAUCAUUUCAAAGAACAAGAUGGUGAAGGUAUUGCAGAAACCUUGAAAGAGUAUGAAGUAAAAGUCCAGCAACUGGAAAAAGACUUAUUUUUCUAUAAGAAAACCAGCAGAGAGCUGAAGAAGAAAUUGAAGGGCUUUUUUGGAGAGUCAUCCCAUCAACUAAUGGCACCUACUAAAUGUAACAGUGCUGGUGACAGGGCAUCCAGUCAAGAUGAAUCGCAAGCUGCUUCUGAGGAAUUCAAGCUAACCCAUAACCCCGAAACCAACAGUCAAGCAGGAAAAAUAAAAGAAGCAGACAGAACAAAUAUUCUGAGAGCACGGCAGAAUUCUUACAAGCUUGGAGAAGAUGUAUCAGAAUUUGGAUGCAACAAAGAGUGUUUGUCAAGCACUAGUGAUGACAGAAUAGGAAGAGAUGAAGCUCAGCCUUCAAAAUCUCAUCCUCAGCUACCUUCUGUCACCCACAGAAGAGAUACCACAACACAAUUUCAAGGAGUAACCUCUGUAAAACUAUCUCGCCGAGAGCUACGUCAUAUCCCUCCCUCUGAAUUAUCUUUGAGGCGCUCAAGCCUUGGUGCAGGUGUCAGUUUUAUUGCUCCAGACUCCAUCGAAAUGGACAAAAAGUCUAGUAUCACUAAGACAUAGUUACUCUUCAUUGAAUUUUAAUAGCUGUUGGUACCGAAGGUACUGUGUUAGAUUCCUUUGUUGAUGGUCUUGUUAAGUAGCAGCCAUGGAUGAACAACUUAAUCCCCUUUAGUUCUACUGGUCACUAUCAAGUCAUUAGGUGCUUGUGAUGUUCACACAGUUUGAGUGAAUCUGAGAUGGAUUUUAAUUAAUGCAGUAUCUAUGGACAUAUCAUUCAAAGACCUUUUAAUGUUGAAGAAGUAAUUUAUAUUGUUUACUUGUUUUUAUUUCACUAACUUAAAAUAUUUUUCAUAAAUUGCACUGUGAAGUGCACUGUACCUGUGUAAUUUAGGUUUCCUGAAAGAACAUUUUGCUUCAUUUUAUUGGAUCAGAAACAAUAACAAACUACAUAAUUUAUUUCACUAUAUAACUAGAAAAUACAGUUUCCAGAAUCUUACCUAGUAUUGAUAAUGACUGACUUCUGUAUGCUUUUUUCAAAAUACGUUUUAUACAAGCCAUGCUUGAGAUUAAAUUUGGUGCCUAAAGAUAAACUUGUUAUUGAAAAGGAAUGUGAAAGUAUUUUAAAAAUAUAUAUCUAAUUACUUUAAAUGUCCUAUCGCAUGACCCAGAAGUUUUUUGUUUUUCAAAAAAAAAUAUAUCUUUAAUUCAAAAUAAUUGUUAUGGUCUGGUUGUGAAAUUAAGAGAACUGCUUAUUUCACUUGAAGGUUUUGUUUGUUGGGGCUUUAAAAAAAUUGCACUUUGGGAAUCUCAAAGCGUGUUGUUUGUUUCUGUACCGUUACAGUAGAAAAAAGAGGAUAAAAUUCAGCAUUUUCUAGGUAAGCUAAAUGGACAAAUACAGUAUUUUCUUUGUACUAAUUACUCAUGUCUUUUUUUUAGAAGAUAGACAAAUAAUUCUUUUGGAUACCCUAUCUGCUUCAGAGCAAAGGCUACAUGUAUCCUUUGAUUUACUGUUGUUGGUAAUCAGUUCAGGAUGAAAAGCAAACCUUUUUCGUAAGAGUACAGUACUCACUGAGAAGCAUACACUUAAUAGCUGCACAAACUUGAAUGCAGAGAGCAGAAUGUCUGCACUUAAGUGAAUUUAACACUUUUAUCCAUAACUCUCUCCAACAUAUCAAAAGAGGCACUUUUGAAAGUAAGGUUAGUUUUAUAUUAGCGGUGGACUACAAGUGAGCAUGUUUGAAAAUGUUGUUGUGGAUUAUUAGACGUACUAAGCAAAGGGAUUUUUACUCUGCUGUUUUCUGGGCAAGUAGUGUAUAGCAUGUGUGGCUGUAGAUAUGAAAGGACUGCAUUUUUCCUUGCUGCAAGCACAGAAUAAAUUUGUCCACAUCAUGAAGUGGCUGUUACAACAUGAUAAAUGGACCUAUUGUCUUGUGGCACAUUUACAAUUUUUCUGAGUAGAUUGCAAAAUACUAUAUUCUAAAUGGUUAGGUAAACCAUACUUAAUUAUUCCAUCUUGUUCAUCUCAAUUGUGAGAUAAGAAUCGUCAUCUUUUUGUUGGAUUAUUUCUACUUUCAUGGAAGUAACAAGUCUUGCUAAUGUUAAGUUUAAUAUUAGUGUCUAUAUUAUUCACUCCAUGUUUGUUGUCAAAGAGCAAUAAACAAACAAGUAAAUACA